ACCGGGCAGUGCCCGCAGCUCCGCCCUCGGGGCGGGCAGCGACGGAUCCGCUCAGCCCUGCGCUGCCGACCGCCUGCAGACGGUGCGGGACCGAACGGAGGUGCCUUGCGGAGCCGGGAAGAAGCAUGAUCAAGAUGAAUUGUGUCCUGCUAACCGCCUGCAUUGUUCUGCUCGCUUUCUCUAGUUCUGGCUAUGCCCUGAGGUGCUAUCACUGUGAGAACAGCCCUUCAUUGUGCAAGACCAACAGCACUUGCUUAUCAAAUGAAGACACUUGCUUGCAAAUGAGAUUUGGUAAAUUGAGAACGUCCUCCUGCUGGAAGUUGUCUCAGUGCAAUAUGAAUGAUAUUGCUGUAUACUACCAGUUGGAUAAUUUUGAAUACUUUUGCUGCCAACAAGAUUUGUGCAAUGAGGGCACGGUUACCGGGGUUAACAAGGCAGCUUUCAGUAUUGCCUCUGUAAUGGCCAUGUUAUGGAUGCUUCUGUAGCAAUCCUUGUCUCUAUGCUGUAUUUCCAAACUGAAAUUAUACAAAAUCAUUAUUAACUCUUCUCUUAGUUGUACUUCUUGUACUUUCAGUUCCCAGCUGUGAGCUGAAACAAGGCCUGGGCAAACCUCUGAGGGUGAUAUGGAAGUUUGUGAUGGAAAACUGUAAUUUCUUAACCAUCCCAUGGAUUUUAAUUGAUUUCAUUUGAGAUUUUGGUUCUGUUGGAUGCUACCUUUUUGUACACCAAGCAGUGGGUUUACCCUCAAUGUAGGAAGCAUUGAUCAUAAGUAUAAACUUGCUGCAGUAUUCAUGAUGAAUGCUGAUGUAUUUGUUUUUAGGUGAUGCAGACGCUUUGUUCCUAUCACUGUAACAUUAUUUUUUUUUUUCCUUUAAACAAACCCAAAUUGUAACAGUCGGUACCAUUAUUUUGGAAGAAAACAUCAAGGUUUCUUAAGACAAAACCAAAAUAAUGCUUUUAGUGAGGAAAAAUCCUCCUCCUCUUUUUAUAUUUCUGUGGGCAUGCAGAUUACAUAAGCCAGCUUCUUUUCUGAGCUUUUAUUUUACAGUUUAGUUUUGCUUAUAUUUUUUUUUCUCUGAGUCUAGGAUUUAAGCUAAGCAUGUGCUUUGCACUAAAUAUUUCUUGGUAUACCAAAAAUUGUUUAUAAAAUGCUAAGGAAUUAAAAUGGCACAUCUAGUUUACUUUCCAAUGUCAUCAGCUUUUGUUUUGGUUGAAACACAUGAGCAGUUAAACUUAAUCCUUUAGGCUUCAAUAAGAAUAUUAAACAAAAGUUUGCAGAACUUUAUAUUUUGACCUUUAUGCAACUGUGUAAAUGCCAGUCAAAAUACACGUGCAUCUAAACAGCAUGAAGAAUAACGCUUGGUUUGUAUGUGUACGACUUCUAGAGCUCGAACACUGCACAUUGUUCUGACUCAGUGGUGGGGACAGACCUUUGAUCUUAGGGAGCCUCGCAGUUAAGUAUGAUGCCAAAUUUUCCUUUGACAAGUUUGGAACUCUUAGCACAUUCCUGCAAGAGUAAUGGUCCAUAGCCAACAGUAUAUUCUCUUUCUGAGGGCCCUGGCUCAUGCUGUCCACGGUGUCAUUGACACCGGCUCACUCAGUCAUAACAAAGGCAAGGGACUGCACUGUGUUACUCCAAACCAUCAUGUAUUCUGCAAUGAACCUGUUAGCUAAGCUUACCUUAGCUAUGAAAGCAUCCUGGGACCUCUCUGGUCACUCAAAAUAUGAAAGCUAUGCUGUCUUUGAUAAAUAAAAAUGUAAAAAAAGAAAAA